UGGGUUAGAAAGCCAUGUUAGCAGGUUGGAAUUGGCAAAACCUAGUUAUAGCUCUCUCACUGGAUAUCUCUCUCUGUCUCUCUUUUCCUCCCUCUGCCUCUUUAUCUUCUCCUUCACUCUCCUUCGCUCACACCCAUCAAUGAGCUCAGGAGCUUGGAAGAAAGAGGUCACACGGAUGCUCCAGCCUCAACUUUCCCUCACAGUCCUUUGAGAUCUCAAGCAGCGGGGCUUCAAAACUUUGAAAAUAAAAAUAACUUUGGAUUUUGGUUGCCCAGCGCACAGCAAAGGAAGGACCUUGAACUGUGAGCUGUUUCCUUUCUUCUGUUUUAUUUUGGCUUUUUGGACCAAACCUGUAGUGCAGAGAUGAAACUGAAACAUCCUCAGAUGGUUCUCCAUCCCCUUCUGCUUGGGGUUUUCUUUGCUCUUGCUGAUGCCAAGGGAACCUUCUAUGGCAGCCCUUACAGGUACAACCUGUACACUUCAGGAUCCAGCCCACAUUACAACCCAGGCAAACCCAUGAGCCGACAUAAAAACUUCUGUGCCUAUGUCGUUCAGAAGAACGUCUCGUGCACAAUGCAGGACGGCACGUCCACCUACGUCAAGGCAGAGUACAACAAGUGCACCUGGGGGCAGAAGUGCCCAACUGUCAUGUAUCGCACCUUCUACAAGCCCAAAUACAAAGUGGGUUACAAGACGGUGACUGAACUGGAGUGGCGCUGCUGCCCAGGUUUCUCUGGGGAGGGCUGCAGUGAUGGGCCCACCUCCCUCCCUGAUCUGAUGCCCCAGUUUAAGGGCUCAAUGACACCCCCAGGCUUCAAGGGGUACCCUAGAGGACAUCCACAGGGACACCCAGAACAACACAGACCCUUUCCUAUUGGACAUCCUGAGCAACGUAAACCAUUUCCUAUUGGCCACCCGGAACAACACAGACCCUUUCCUAUUGGACAGCCUGAGCAGCACAAACCGUUUCCUAUUGGCCACCCGGAGCAGAAAUCCAUCCCCGGUGGACACAUGUCUCCUGGGCAAAAGAAGUCAUAUUAUGCUCGAAAGUUUCAGGAGGUGUUGGGUGAGCGUCUGGACCAUGUGGAGGAGGAGUUGCGCCGCCUGUCCCAAUCUUACGAAUCUCUCAAUGGGAUGGUGACCGGCCUGGAGGACAGCCUGCGCCUCUCCCUGCGCGAGGACACCAACAAGAUGCUGGGCUCUCUGCUCGGCACCCCGCCCCGGGGCUCCGACUCCAGCGUGGGCUUUGGAGUGAUCCCUGACGGCACCCCUGAGGGGCUGGAGGGAGGGGAAGGCUUCCUAGGCUUCGGGGAGCUGGCAGGGAAGGUGACAGAGGUGAAAGAUGAGCUGAAAACCAAGAGCCAGAUGCUUGAUGAGCUUCAGGGGAUGGUGGUCAGCCACGACGGGCAGCUCAAGCACCUGAUAGAGGCUGCAGCCGGAAGACCUUCUCCCAUAACCUCCCAGACACUUCUGGAGGAACUCGUGGACACCAAGCUGGCAGGGGUGCGCUCAGAGAUCCUGGACGGCUUUGAGGCACGCCUGUCUGGGCUGGAGAGUCAGUGUGAGGCCCGCAUUGGGGAGGUCCAGCGCCAGUGCCAGCAGGAGCACCUGAACGGACAGCACCACAUGGAGCAGUCCCUAGACGGCCGGGAGACGGGUCUCAGAAAAGAACUGGGUAACUUGCAGGCUCAGAUCCAGGGCCUGACGCUGACAGAGAGCUGCUGCACCCAAGUGUCCAGUCUUUCCCAAAGAGUCUUGCUGCUGGAGGAAGGCCUGAAGAGCUUGGAUGAAUCCCAGAGAGUUCAGCAAUCCAGCAUAGUCGGACAGGCGGCCCAAGUGGAGACCUUCUUCGAUGGGCGGCUGGAUGAGAUAGAAGCCAGACUGAAUGCCACAGAGAAGGCGGACACAGAGAAGAUGAAGGGAUAUGUGGCCUCUGAGGUGGAUGGCUUUAAGACUCUUCUGGACGAGAAGCUGAGGAUGUUGGAGGAACGGCUUUUUGUAGCAGUGGAGGAACUCGGCAACACCACCGCUCCAGCUGGCCUGGAAGGUCAGGCUGUUCCUGCUCUGGAGACAGAGCUGGAGGCCCUAAAGAAGCAGGCUGAGGGAGGUCUUGAGGGGGUGCAAAGCAGGUUGACCGACCUGGAGACCCUGUGCUCCUCAGCCUGCCCGCAUGCUGCUGGAGAGGUUCAGAAGCUCCACAGGGAGAUGGAGGAGUGCUGUGAGACAGACAAGAAAGUAUCGGGUCAGCUGGAUUCCCACGCGGACCUCCUGAGGAGGCUGAACGGCACGCUGCAGGAGAUCCUGGCAAGGCUGGCCCAGGAGGAGGAAGGUUCAGUCCAGGGAGAGAUCACUCUGCUGAAGAUCAACGUCAGCACAGUCAACCGCUCCCUCAAAGGACUGCAAGAAUCCAUCAGUGUCUACGCCCAGGAGGUGAGCCAUGCCAACUCCACCUGGCAACAGCACGAGCUGAAGAUGGCAGACCAGGUCCAGGGAAUCCAGCAGCUGGUGGGGCGGCAGGGGUCUCAACUUGGCUUCAGCGAGCGCCGGCUCCAGCAGCUGAAGGGUGAGCUGCAGAGCCUGAAACACAGGCUGACUGGGGAGCUGAAGGGGUGCAAAAGCGCUGCUCUGGGAGCCCAGCAAGAGAUCACCCAGGUAGAUGGGAGGAUCUCACAGGUGGAAGGGCUGUGUGGCAGCCUGGGAGACCUGGCAGGAGACCUGGAGAGAAUCCGAGGAGAGCUGGAGAGUCAUUCCAAUGAUUACCUGGCCCAGGUGAAUGGAACACUUUCCACCCACUCUCAACAGAUAGCUGAGCUGAAGGGUGGUCUUAAAGACUGUCUGGACAAAACGGGGGACGCAGAAAAAAGGGGUGACCCUUAGGUUCGGAAUUAGGGGGUAGGGGGUUCAGCAACGUUUUAUAUCAAAGGGGCAUUUUUUUUUUUUUUUAUUAACUGCCAUUCUUAACUUAUAUGAAAAAAAGACUGCAAUGUGAUAUAUUAGUAAUAUUUUUUAAAAAGAACAAAGAUAACAGAAACUAAUAAGCUGCUACGGGUUUAUUCUGGCAAGUCAUUUCUGAUCGAUUUUACUGUUUCAAAUGGUGCUAAAGUUUUUGUACUUGUUUCUGUUUCAUGUGAAUAACAUGAGUUUGUAAAAAAAAAAAAAAAAAAAAACAUUUUCUCUC